CUUUUGUUUUACGACAAAUUAGUCCAGAAGAAAUAAAUAAUUGAAUUGAAUGAGUACAUAAAAAUGUCAUUUUCGUAUGUAACGGGCUAAAUUAGUUUAAUUCCUCACUCGGACCGGGGCCGGCAGCUUAACGGUACUUAUCACUUAUCAGGUUAGCCACCAGAGUCUUACCGACUACCGGCGGGUGCAGAGAAUCAAACUCACCGGAACGAAAACAUUGUAAUAAAGACAGAAACAGAAGAAGUCUUAUUUGUUAAAAAGAAGAGAUUGGGAUUUCGGCGUUGUUGUUGCAGGUUGCAGAUCUACGGUUCAUAAUACCGUGAACCUCCGUCGGCGGCAGCACAUAUUGCCGUUCACCGACACUUUUCUCCUAUUCUUUAUCACUUUAUUGAGUUUUGUUGGUAAGGCCGUUAUCUAUGGAUGCCGGAAAGGCCAGAGCCCAUUCGGUUGUGAUGGAUACAUCCAAGCUUGAUAACUGGGCUAAAGAUGCCGCCUCCGAUCAGAGUUCAUUAGUGAAGGAGGCGAACUUAGGUCAAACACCUACUGUUCUAGAUGCAAACAGCAAUAUGAUAGACACGCCUAACUUGGCUAAAGAUGACCAUGUUUUCGUUAGCGGACCCUGGCCAAGCACUCCCGAUACCAUAGGAGACCGCCGCCACAUUGCAGCAUCAACCCCACUCUCCUUGACCAAACCAGUUGCUCAUGAUGUUCGGAAGAGAUCCGCGGAUGCCACAUAUGAUGAUAUUUGCACUCCAAAAGGAAGCGUUUUUGAUCCUCUGAUAGCCGAUCGCCACCCUAAGCAAGGCGGGCAAGAGGAUACACCCUCUAGUGCUGUACGGAGCCUUAACUUUGACAAUGCUGCUGCCGAUCAGAUGGUUGUGGAGGAAACGGUUGUCUCUGAGUCUGAGGAGGAGACUUUAUUUCAAACCAUCUAUGGGGCCAUUAUUGAAGAAAUCAUCGUAAUGCAGGCUAAGGGGGUUACUGAUUCAGUCGGCUUUGGGAGUCCUACUUCGGUGCCUAAACUUAGUGGAAUUGCUGAAACUUGCCCACCAGCUCCGUUGAAGCAGCCUAAUAGAUCAAAGUUUAGAAACAUCGACAGAAGUUUGUGCAGGAAACUUGAGUUUUGACGGGCAUUGUUAAGGUGCACUACUGAUGCUCGUCUUUGUUGCUCUAUUCUAAAUCUUGUAGUUCUAGGUCUAGCUUGUUUUUUCUUCAAUACUUUUAGAAUCUUUUUGAAAUAAUAAGUGGAAGCAUUGAGGCAUUACUUUCGAAUAACCAGCAAUUUGGUGGGGGAUCUCCUAAGUAACUUUAAUUGGUAGUGCUUAUGGAGAUAUUAAAUACCUGAGUUUUUGUAGAGUAGAUUGUGAUGAUGUUAGAUUUUGGUUUAUGUUUUAUUUUAGGCUUCCCUGUUGUUCCUUGACCUAAUUUACUGUAAUCUUGGGCUAUUGCCUUUUUGACAAGCAACAAGUAUCAUGUGCUGGAUAAACUGUCAAGAAUGAUGGAUCAGGCUGUGUAUCAUUGUCUUUAAGCUCCAGCCAAAACAUGAUUUUGAGCUAAAGAUAGAAUGGGUGUACUUUGUUACUUCGCUAUGCUAUAAAGCAGAACUGUCUUGGAUUUGUAUUAAAGAUCUCCUCGCACAACUCAACUCUCUUCUUCCCACGAAUGCCAACUAACAGCUGCCAAGAAGAGUUUAUUUGAGCAUGUUCCACUCCACGGAUGUCCAGAGUGCACUGACUUUGGCAAAGCUCUUACAGUUGUGCUGAGAAUCUCAGCAUUUAAUAAGGAGAAAAGUCUGUUGGGUUAUAUACUUAUAUUAUCAGAUUUUUCAUGGCCUUAUUAGGCUAACUAAAUUGGCUUGAAGCGGUGCUGGCAUUGUCAUGUAUGCUGCUGCGUCUUCAGCCUACAGAAUACUACUCUUUCACCCCGGUUUCCAAGCUUCUCCAGCAAGCUCUUCUUCAGACAGCUCAGCCAUGAAAAAUGUUUUCAUAGAAAGAUACGGAGCAUAGACACCUAUCUCAAAGUGAAGCGCUUGGUUUGGAAACUGUUGACAGACUCACUUGCCAGUUGCCAACCAAGCCAAUCUGCAGCAGGGGGAAAAUGUCACUGCUGCGAGCAUUUGAUGCAGCAGUGUGGAGGACCUUCGUCAUAUCAUCUUCAGUAUUGAUUUUGCCAGAAAAACUUGGGAGCUGCUGGAGGUGUAGAAUGCAAUCUUUAAAUAUCGGCAGAAUGACUUCAGCGAAAGGAUGGCUAGUCUUCUUGGAGAGCUGAAAUAAAGGGUGCUGUCCUUGUUUGCAUUGGUAUGCAAUAUAGUUUGUGGCACACAUGCCGUCCUUUGAUGUUUGAGGGAAUCUUCAGACUGGCUGAAGAUGUUGCAACUUGUGGAAGGGUAAAGACAGCUUGGCUGCAAAUGAAAAGUUUCCAACAGCUUCCGCCAGUAGUGCUAUUGAAUCGUCCAAGCAAACUCACUUCAACACUUAAUUGGCACUACUUUUUGGUUUGAUGCUCCAAUCAGUUCUGCUGAAAAGAGUUCAGCUGUUGGCAUCCUAAUAUUGAUUUGAUGGAGCAAUCAGUUCUGCUGAAAAGAGUUCAGCUGUUGGCAUCCUAAUAUUGGUUUCAUCCUCAGGAUUUAUAGGCUGCUGUGUGAAACACUUACGUAGUUGUUCAGCCUCCAUUGUCACUGAAAGCAUGGCGGUGGGAGAAGAAGGUACAUCCUUGGUGUCCCUUUUACAGGGAAUUUCUCAGUCCACUCUGGUUGGUUAUCUUCUGACAAAAGAUAUUGAUCUGUCUGAUUGGGCCUGAUAUUAUCGGAAAUGAAAGCUUGCUUGCUCCAGACGAAUGUACAGAAACUAGUGUUAUAAAGCAUACUUGAGCUUGCAUGGCUAACAUUGAAAUCCAAUCCCCCCCAUUUGUUCCUCAACGGUUUUGUUUACUUUAUCAGUUAUCCUAGUGAAUCUGCCAAUCUGCUAAGAUUCUUGGCCUGGUACAAGGUUGCAACGAACUCAUCUACCCCAACUCCCUGAUUAAUUAAUUUACCUACCUUUUAUGUCGGUACUAGUGAAAACCAUCGAGCAGAAUCAGAUAUUAGAUACAGAACAAGAAUAAUAGUAAAGACAAAACGAACAAUUGUCCUACUUGUACAGGGCAAAGGUAGUAGUAAACUAGUAUAGUACUAGAAUGUAGCAGUUGGAAGUUGGAACUAAGCAAAACUGUACUAUUAAAGUACUAAAUAUUAUGAGCAGCAUCAAUUCAAUAAUUAACAACAGAAAAGAUACAACAAAAGAAGCAGUAGAAGUGGUUGAGCUGAGUGACUGAACUGAACCAGAAAAGCACAACACUACCAGUGAGUGUAGGAGUACUACAAUUUGGUCCGAUAAUGACAGGUUUGGUUGGUGAGUGUCCGAGACGAGACAUCAACAUACAAUUCACAUGUAGUGUAAGACACCACGUGGAACUUGAAGAGGAUCCUCACGUACCCGGUGAUUCUGGUGUAAGUACUCAGGACCAGAGUCCCCGACCGGACGUCGGAGAAAAGGCUGUUUCCGGCCAAGAGCCGAUCGGCCAUGAGGGUCAGCGUAACAUUCAUGGGAAGCGUCUGACCCGACCCGAUCUUGCCAGCCGGGAUGGGGACUUCGCCCACCUGAGUGUCUCGGUAUUUGAGUAACGCGGUGGAGUUGUCGUAGUGGAAGCUCACCUUGUUUGGGUUGUGGACGGCGAUGUUGGCGUCGACGCUGACGUUCAACAGGACCCGGAGGCGGAGGAUGUCGAGGGAGAGGUGGAAGUCACGGAGGGAGACGGAGUUGACGGUGGUCGUCGGACGCUUGGCUUUGAAGACGGUGAGGCUCAGGAUUAGGAUCAAUAAUCCGAUGGCUAAUACGGCGGAGAUUACCCAUCCCCAACACACCCAUUUGCUCCUCCUUUUCUUCCCACCUUUUUUGGUGCCUGUGCUUUCUGGGUCGUUGUUGAAUUUCUUGGAAUCCACCUCCAUAUUUUUUUUUUCCCUUCUUCUUCUUCCUCCUCCCCUGCUCCUCCUAAUGAUGAGUACAGAGUUUAAAAAGUGGCAAGAAGAUUCGGAGGUUCAUGUAUCUUCUAUUUUACAAUUAUUGCUUCUGAUCUGGUCACAAAAUCUUAAACUAUAUAGUUGUUGGGGGGCCGAAUUUCGUUUUCGUUUUACCUUCUUCACAAGGAAACCUGGGAAUCUGGGUGAAGAGAGAGAUGACAAGAGGAGGAAACUUGAGGGGGGAGCAAGAUAGAUCUUCCAAACCAAAUUGAGCUUUUUAGGUUUUAUGAUUGAUGUUUGAUGACGAGAUUUCGACGGAACUACUUUACUUGCUUUUUUCCAUAUUGGCUGGGUCCUCCUAGAUGGGGGUUUAAAAGUUACAGCCAAAAUAAAUGUGGUUAAGGAUUUAGUUGAACCCACUAACUACCACCUAAAUUCGGUAUUACAUUGUUAU